AUGAGCAGAUCACCGAGGGACACAGACGAAAAACAGAAUCUGCCUUACGCCAAACGAAAAGAUGAAGAAAAAAAAACAGUCACCAGGAUAAACGCCCUCCUCUGCUACCUCACCUUAUUUGUGUACACCUGCUUUAUAAACAUCCCAUGUGUGUAUCCCCUAAACGUUGGCGACUCUUUUUUCGCGUUUUACUUUACCCUGCAAGGGGUUGGAAGUUUGGUUCUGGGGGUGCUGGCAGACGUGUAUGGACGUGCAAAAUGUCUGAAGGUUUGUUUCACCAUUUUGAUUGUCUCUUCUGUGUUGAUGCUCUUCUCAGCCCCCCCCUCUGUGUUCUCAUUCGAAGGUAAAGUUAAGGAUGGAAUUUCCUCCCUUAACGAAAUGGGCAUCACCACAACGUUGCUGCAUCAGUUAGGAAGCUUCCAUUCGAGAGGCUCCCCACAUCGCCACGCCACCCAAACGAAUAAACUCGCACAAGAACCACCAGGGAGGAACACCCGGGGAUAUUCUUUUCUCCUUCAACAGGGGGUCUCAGAUGAAGGGACAAAUGUGCAGACCACGAAAAGGGAAAAGGAAAAAAAAAUUCACCAGCAGGUUAAGCCAAAUAGUUAUUCCUACGAACAAUUAAAAAAUGGCGAAAUAAAAAGGGUAAGGAAAAACCAUUUGAAGAGGGGAGCCUAUCUGUUUGAAGUUUCCACUCGGGGAGGAGCCACUGCAGAUUUGUGCAGCUACCCGAGUGGUGCUUCCCCUCAAGGUGACCAUGAGGAGAGCCCAUCGGUUAUUCACCAGAGCGACGCAGCGGAGGUGUCCCUUCAUCGGGGCGUCCUCAACUAUGGUAAGUCCCCUUCUAGUAAAGUGAGCAACUCGGAUGAGCGGCCCCACCUAGGCAGUAUGAGCAGCCGGUCAGACAAACGUGGAAGCGAUAAACGUAGCCGCACCAAACGCAGCCGCUCCAAACGUGUACGACGAGCGAAUGGCGGGGACCCCCCUUCUGAGGAUACCCCCGCGGGUGCCAGCCAAAAGGGCAGCAAAACGGGGGGGGAAAAAAGGAGACAGAAAUUUUACCCAAGUGGAAGUCCCCCCCAUGGCGCUAUUAACGGAGGAACCAACGAGGAGGACUACUCCCCCGUUGAUCGAAAGAGGCAGAUAUGCACACAGGGAAGGUCAAAUUUUACAAAUGAGUUAGAGUAUGGCGGUAUAGCGAACAAAGGAAGUGACGUGUGGGGGGGAACCCCCCAUGAAGAGUGCGCGUCCUCCGCUUGGGGAACCCUCUUCUAUGUGUUAACCCUCCUGUGCGGCUUCCUCACCAAGGGGGCAUCCAACAUCCUCUGCAUUAUCAUCACGGAGAGUGUAAAAGAGAGCCACAGGGCAAAGGCGGCGUGUGCCAUCUUUUCAGUAGAACACCUCUCGAUGGUUACCAUCCGGUUGGUCAUCCGUCUGAGCGAGCUUUCCAACGUGCACGCUCUUUACAAGGCAAACAUAUUUUGCUUUACCGUGUUAAGUGUGGCCUCUCUGAAGGCGGUGAAUCUCCUCGUGGAGGCCCUCCAAAGGGAUGUAUGCUUUGAGCAAAGAUGCUACGUAAACGAGGUGUGCGCUGAGUGUGUAGAGCAGGAAGAAGACAAAGGGGGAAAUUUAGGAGGCCUCCAAAAUGACCAUUUCGAUGGAAUAAACCCCCCCUUUGAAGGAAUCAACAUUUGCACUUCUCCCAUGUGGAGGGAUUCCCCACGUGCAGCUAACCAUUUUGCGAAUGAACGUAGUGCCCAUAAUAAGUUACCCCCUGGUGAGAAGCACCCCUUUCGCGUUGAAGUUGCCAGCGGGGGAGGAACCCAUUGGGGAAAUGGGCUAGGCAGCUCUACAGCGACGAGCCAACCGGAUUUCUCCCAACAAAAGGGGAAUCCCCAAUUGGGAAAAAACAAAAUCGAAUACGCUGAUCUGUUCAAAGGGCAAGUAGUAAAAAGUGAUGAAGCAAAAGUUACUCUUUUAAAAAAGUUACACACAAAUAAAGCAUUUUGGAAAUUUAAAGAAAACUUAAAAAGAAGAAAAAAAUGGGAAGUGUAUCAUACGUGGGUAUGGUACCACUUGAAAGCUCACAAGUAUGUCACCCUGGCAGUAAUUGGACUGACCUUCCUCCUCCAUUUUUUGCAAAUAAAUUUUUUCCUAGCUGGGGAUAUAUCCAUUACCAAUAUGCGGAGUGAGUCCCUCUUUCGCAUAUUUAAUAAUCUCUCCCUUUUGGCAAAUUCAUUCGUUUUGUUUUUUUCCUUUUUUUUAUUUUAUCACAUAAAUAACGUGGUGAUGAGAAUGCUAAAUUUUUUUGCACACGUGGUGAUCAUAUUCGUUUCGUUUUCGCUCCUCCUGUUUGUUCCUUCCCCGUGGGAGGAUGAAUUUGCUCUGCUUGGCAGUUCGUACACUUCCUACCCUUCCUCCAUUUUGUACGUUUGGUACGCUUUCAUUUUUAAUUCCUUCCUCCUUUUCAGACGCGUGUGUUUGUUUUUUUUUUCCAUAAAUUGCGUGCACACGGCGUGUAGAGCUUCCCUCCUUGGCCUCUUCACCUGUUUGGGCCAUUUGGCCGCCCCCUCCUACGUGGCGACGCUGCACACGUUUCGCUUGUUGGCCUCCCCCCAGUGGAUUGUUCCUUUUAAUUUAUGUUGUGCAUGUUUUGUUUGUUUUUUUUCUCUCAUCAUAAUUGUGGCAUUCAUUCCGCACGUCAGCUGCUCCUCCGUUGAUUUCCGCCUACUUGACCGGGCACACUUGGACCACUUUUUGCUUCACCUGUGUUGCGGGCAAUCCUUUUCGCCCCAUUUUUUUGGAGCAGCUCUUUUGCCAGCGGGGUGGCCCCCUCCCCCCGGUUAA